CCCUUCUGAUACCUAGUCUACCAAGCACGUCGCUACAAUCAUGCUCUCUUAUACUGGUAGCGGUCCUUACUGCUAUGCCCACAGUUUGUACAUGAUCCUCCUAGCCUCGGGCUAUGAUCCGCAAUCGCUACCUUCGUCGGGCUUCAUUGAGUGUCUCACAACAAUGCCCUUUGGUAAACACUUCAUUUGCCUUGAAACUGGUCCGGUUUCCUUCUUCAAUAACCCAUACACGAAUCCGGAUGACGGUAUUAAUGUGGCCCUUAAGGCGAUGGGCUGGAAUUGCAAUAACCACCGCGGUGGCGAUGCUGCUUCAGCCCUCGUUGCACUGCGGGAAGCAGUCAUCCAUGGGCCCGUCCUAGCGGGCCCUCUCAAUAUGGGCUAUCUGUCUUACAACCCGGACCAUACUGCGCUUAACGGAGCUGACCACUUCCUUGUGGUUUUGGGCGUGGAUGACGACAAGGGAAUGGUUCUGCUACACGAUCCGGCGGGAUAUCCAGCCGUGCUCCUACCGCUAGAAGAAUUUAUUGAGGCAUGGCGUGGUGAAGGUAUAGAGUAUAUCAACCAGCCAUUUGUGUUCCGCUCCCACUUUCGUCACGUUGAGGAUGUUUCCCGGGAAGAUAUGGUGGUGCGCACGAUUGGCACGCUUCAUGACCAGAUUAAAAGCAAUGCCAUGUUUCCUGGUUCAUCUGGCGGGGUCUUAGCGCUGCGGUUAACUCUGGAGGCUGUGAAAGAUGUGUUGCCGAGUGUCGUGAAUGACCUUGCUGGAUUCACUUUCCCACUCGCGGCAAGGCGUUAUCUAGAUGCGAGGGACUUCCUAGCUGAAGCUGGCCUGGUGAACGCUGCUGGAAUCAUGGAACAACAGGCAUUGUUAGCUGGAAAGGCACAAUACCCGGCUGCGCACGGAAAUUGGAAGGAGGUUAUUCUGGUUCUUGAGAGAUUUAUUGAUCUUGAAGAUCAGCUAACAAAGACCUUCAAGGCCAUGGCUUAGCCUGAGUCCAAUUGUACGCAAGCAGUUCUUCGCUGCGGUUAUGUUGUUUUAUUGAUGAAGCAGCUUCAUCUCUGAGCACAUUAAGACAGGUGGUAAAAAGACAAUUUAAGGCGGUUAUAUAGCCAUAAAUAACCUGAUAUUGAAUUGCAAUUAUUUUACCCUCUAUUUAUAUCCCUUACAACCAUGGCAUAUGUCAAAUGUUGCGUAGGCAGGCACACCAACUUAGUUUCAUAGCUGGUUUCCC